GGAAGAGAGAGAGAGAUAGACAUGCACAGAGGAGGAGGAGGGGGAGGCUCCUGAUACCAAGACACGGAAAAGCAGGGGAGGGAAAGAGAGAAAGAAAAAGGGGCUGGUGGAGGAAGAGGAGCGGGGAGUUGGAGAAAACGGGGAAUAACACUUACAGAAAGCACACAGAGGAGAGGAAGGACAGUACCUUGUGCUUUGGACAUCCUCUCCUUUCUUCUCUCAGGCUGUCACACCAGAUUGGACUCCGAAGGACCGACACCGCUUCCACCCCAGACCCCAUGGGGUAACAGCAGAUGCUUGGAGGAGAGGCUUUUGUUCAGCUACACAGAUGAACAACAGGAAGGAGGACAUGGAGAUCUCGUCUCACUACCGUCAGCUCCUCCGAGAGCUCAAUGAGCAGAGGCAGCACGGCAUCCUCUGUGACGCCUGUGUCAUUGUGGACGGAAAGAUCUUCAAGGCCCAUAAGAACGUCCUCCUGGGCUCCUCGCGCUACUUCAAGACUCUUUAUUGCCAGGUAAAAAAAGGGGCAGAGCCACACCACCAAACUACUGUCACUCACCUGGACAUCGUCACGGCGACAGGCUUCAAAGCCAUCCUGGACUUCAUGUACUCCGCGCACCUCGCCCUCACCAGCAAGAACGUGAUCGAGGUCAUGUCAGCCGCCAGCUACCUGCAGAUGACGGACAUCGUCCAGGCCUGCCACAGCUUCAUCAAGGCUGCACUAGACAUCAGCAUCCGCUCUGAGAUGGCAGACGAGCUGGCCGACUUUGAAAUGGGAGCGGUCGCUGCUGCCGGCCUAGGGGGAGGUGGAGGAGGUGGAGGAGGAGGAGGAGGAGUGGGCAUGGCGGGACCAGGGGGUGUCACGGGAGCAGGCUUAGGAGGCGGCGGAGGGGGGAUAGUGGGCAUGGCGUCCGAAGCCCUCGCCUCCAUCAUGUCUGGUCGCAGCACCUCCCCGUGGCUGGCGCGCCGCACCAGCCCGGCCAACUCUUCCGGGGACUCAGCCAUCGCUAGCUGCCACGAGGGGGGCAGCACGUACGGAAAGGAGGACCAAGAACCCCCGAAGAGCCACGAGAGCCAGGAGGAAGCCUGCCACGACUCCCAGCCAGCCUGGCCGCACGACUACAGGUCCGUCACUGUCAAAGAGGAACAGGUGUCCCCUGCCUCCUCCUCCCAUCCCCGGGACACUCCUAGGGGGGCCGCCCAAACCCAGGGAGAGCAAGGGUCCGGUGGCGCCGGUGGAGGAGGUGGAGACGGACCAUGGCAACCCCUGUCGGGGUCAGGGCGGCGGAAGAACAGGAAGAACAAGGACACGGUCAGACAUAUUACCCAGCAAGCUGAGCGGAACUGGGACCGAGAGCGGGACAGGGAGAGAGACAGGGACAGUAGGCCUGGAUCUCCUCUUCCCUCCAUUCUGGCUGUACCUGGAUGGAACUACAACGGGCAGGACAUCCCAGGGGCAGACGUGACCGAACCCAACAGCUCAGACAGCCGCGGCGAACGCCUCGACUUCUUCCUCAAGCAGGAAGAGGCGCUCGCCACGGAGCAGGGCUUCCUGGGCCCCAGCGAAUCGGAGGAGGCCGGCGGAGGAGCCGGGGGCGGAACGAUCUCAUCCGUGGCCAAUCUGAAGGCGGCGCUGAUGAGUAAGAACAGCCUGCUGUCACUGCGGGCUGAGAUGAUGGGAGAUGAUAACCCCUUACUGUAUGAGUACCUGCCCAAAGGAGGACACUCCCUGUCUUGGCUCCGCUCCAACAACUACUGCAGCACGCUCCGGCCAGGGGCCACGGGGGCCACUAUUCAUAACAAACAGGGGGCUGGCUCCUCUCCUCCUCCUCCUCCUCCUCCUCCUCCUCCUCUUCUUCCUCUUCUUCCUCCUCAUCUUCCGAAAUCAUCACCGCCGCCAUCAUCAUCAUCCUCAUCAUCCACAUCAGCAUACUGCCCGCCCACUCCACCCACGCCACUGCACCCCUCUGAGCCUCUGCCCCUGGAGGCCCCCGGUCUGAGGGCUGGGGCACCCCUGCUGCGCUCAGAAGGAUUGGACAUGGAAGUGGAAGAGGCCCCCGAGGGCCAAGAACCCUCCACCCCGCCUGAGGAGGACAUCAAGCACAAAGAAGACGUGAAAGAAUACAGCACAGCCUUGGAAGGUGACCAGUCUCCUGUCGAGAGGGAUCAGAUGGGCGAGGGGAGCUGUGCCGAUGGCUUGACUGUGCCUGCGUCAGUGUCCGUGGCUGGCAGAGGGACUAAAGGGCUGCUGGGUCAGGUGAAUGACUUCACGGUGAUCCGUAAAAAGUUCAAGUGCCCCUACUGCAGCUUCUCUGCUAUGCACCAAUGUAUCCUUAAGAGGCACAUGCGCUCUCAUACUGGCGAGAGGCCCUACCCCUGUGAAAUCUGCGGCAAGAAGUUCACCAGACGGGAGCACAUGAAGAGGCACACACUGGUGCACAGCAAAGACAAGAAGUAUGUGUGCAAAGUGUGCAGCCGAGUCUUCAUGUCUGCAGCCAGCGUGGGAAUCAAACACGGCUCCCGUCGCCAUGGCGUCUGCGCCGACUGCUCUGGCCGGGGCAUGGCCGCCCUGCUGGACCACAACGGGGAGGUGGGCGGCGACAUCUCCCCGGAGGAGGAGCUGUACCCCGGCGACCGCUUCCACGAUGACCAGGCGGAGUGUGACGGGGACGGGGAGGGGGAGGAGGAGAUGAUGGUCGAGGGGGACGCGGAGAUGCUCGGGGAGGGUGAGGAAGAAGGGGGGAAGUGGAAGGACUCAGGGAUGACCGCUGAGGCGAACGGCGCACUGGACAAUGAGAAAGAGGAGAGCGACUCCUCGGCACAGGAGGGGGAGCAGCAGAACGGGAGUGAGAAGGACUUUGCCUGGAUCUCAUAGGAUCCCUCAGGCUCCUGUUCGUGGCUCGUGAAACCAAUCUCUGAAGAUCCCCCGUGAUCUCUCAGGCAGAAUCCUCUGCUCUCUUUACCCAUUCGUCCCACCGCGGACAGGCCUUCCUUUGAAUGGAAAUGCUGUAGGGUGAUGCGCGACAAUGAUCUAAAUCCAACACUCAAAUGCACGCACACACACACACACACACACACUUAUUCUCAACCUUGACUGCCAUAACAGAAGAAGAGUGAUCAAGAGACGGCUUCUUGAGUGCAAGGCUUUUUCUGCUUACCUCCUUUACUUCUGAUGCAGUGUUUUAGUGUUUCUUUUUCUAGAGGGUUCAGGCCUGAGUCCAGCAGUUUUCUACUCUGUCACAACAGGAAUCAACGAGAACGCUGCCAAGGACGCGGCCAACGCUAGACUGCAACUUUGUAUGUUUGCCAUCACAAUCACCAUGGAAACCAAGGAUCACUGACAGUGUAGGGAUAUAGCCAGGAGGAGGAGGAGGAGGAGGAGGAGGGGUGUCUUGAUCCCUCUUCGGCUGUAAUGUUUGUGGGGAAAGUGUCUCUCUGUGAGUGAAGGGAGAGUCUGAAUCUAUUGCAAAGCUAUGUGUGUCAGAGGACCGGGCAGCCCGACGGCACACUGUUGAUGCAGAGUCCUACUGCCACAGACUUGCACUUUAACGACAACUGACUCCUAUCAAAGCCCUGAACCCGUGGUUUACAUUUUUGAUCUGAUCUUUACUUACCUAAACAACUCGGUGACCGCACCUACCUUUAAGGAUAUACUUCAUGUCCUCUUGACUGUUAUCACGACAUAGAUAUCACUGAAUCUUUGUGCAGAUUGCUGUUUAUAUAGCCUAUGCCUCUCAGCGGGGCCCUUAAUCUUUUUUCUUCGCCUGAGUUUACCACCCGGUUUCUAUCGAUUCCAUUCCAACGAAAACCUGGAGAUUUGACAAAUGUACAUAGGAUUUCUUUCGGGGAGUUUAACAGGGGGGGAAGCGAAGGCUGCGCGAGAGAGACCGAAAGACGCUUCUACAUUACGCAGUGUUAGGGUGUCCUCGCACACGAAGAGGACACCAGCUUCCUCGCUCCGAGAACUCAAACUCCGAACCCAACGCAAGCACACGACGGUCACGCACGGGCUACACUAAACGACUCUUUCCGUCUCUCUCGCUGGUCAAGCUUCUCCCACACUGGAGUUUGUUGUUGACAGGACCUGAGAGCCCAGCCUCUCACACCUAAGGAGGAUCUGCCUUCGUUUGUGUUGUUGCUGUAUUUUUUGUUUUUUUUUUCCUCCUUCAAUUAUUAUUAUUGUUUAUUUUUUUUCCCUCUCUUUGUCGGGUCAUGUACCUCCAGUUCCUGGAUACAGAAUAUGCAGACUCUUUCCACAGUUAAACCUUUUCUUUUUGGCGAUCUACUUUCUCCGGCUUCGUGAGGUUAAAUAAAAGAAGAGGAUCAAAAUUGUGCUUGAAAUUUCAGAGUUUGAUAUUUGUAGAGAGUGUAAUAUUAAUUUGCUAUUUAUUGAAGAAAAAAAAAACCUGUUUGUGGAUUCCUAAGUUUUUGAGAAAUCAUGCCCUCCUCCUCCUCCUCCUCUCCCUCUAUCUCCCCCUCUUUCUUUGCGUGCGUGUUGGGAGGAACAGGAUGGGUGUUUGUAUGCAAGAAUGAGUGUCCAUUGUCCAAAAAUAGUCUAUAUUGAUUUUUCUUAAGAUUAUUUCCGUGUCUUUUGGCAAAGUUAUCGACAAUUCAAGUGAGACAGACGACGUCGUCUUAUUAUUAUGAGUAUCAGAACUAUGAUUACUGUUGUUGAUGUUACUAUUAUUAAUUAUUAUUAAGUGCUGGAUGCUAAGCUUUAUCGUGUGUUCUUUUUUUGAUAUUUUAUAUCUUGUAUAAGAAGAAAAAAAGAGCUUUUAUACUUUGCCUUGUUGUGGACAGCAAGCCAUGGGGCUUUUAUCAACCUUUUCUUGUGCCAGUUUACGCUUUUUCUGUCGUAUUUGCUUUUUUUUUUUUCUUUAAAUCAAAGGGGGGGGAAACACAUUCACUGGUGUUGAUCAGAUAUUGAUUGAAGCAUAUUCGGCAACACGUUUUUUUUUUCUUUCUUUUUGCAUCACUAAUGUACACUAAUUGAUCAAUGUCGAACCAAAAACAAUCUUGUAUACAUGAAGUGCUUUCGUUUCGCGGUCUGUGUGUGCAGGUGCUUUUGGAUUUAUUGUUGUGGUAAACAGUUUUGUUGUUGGGUUGUUUCUUCUUUUUUUUUUUUCUUUUCUUUUAACCCUGUCACUAUUUGUCACAGUUUGGGAAAAAAAAAAAAAGAAAAAAGGUGCACACGUUAUGGUAUUUUUGUGAAUCUGAAGGGCUGUGUGAAAGGACCGGCUAGCUUUUGAAGACCCGCAUAUUAAAACUGAUUAUUUCGUUU